CUAUUUAAGAAGUACGGCAGAUGAACAGUGGAAUAUAUAGCAUUAAAGUGUCAUUUUCUAAAGCAUUCCAGAGUCAUUUUCUAAAGAGUGUGUACAGUUCUCUUCCUAAACUGGAGCAAGCUAGCUAGCUACAUAGCUCAAAAAUGAAGAAAACGAUGGCGAGGAGGACAGUUGUUUUGGUGCAGGUUUUGGCAAUGGCCGCAGCGGUCAUGCCAUUGCUCUCAGGAGCUCUGGAUACUCAUCGGGUGAAGCAAUUGGCAGCCACAUACAAUGUGACUUGUGUACUAGUUUUUGGAGACUCAAGCGUUGAUCCUGGCAAUAACAACUAUCUGGCUACGCCCAUGAAGGGUAAUUUCCUUCCUUAUGGGAAAGACUUCUUCAGAGGCCGCCCUACUGGACGGUUCAGCAAUGGAAGGCUAGCCACAGAUUUUAUUGCGGAAGCUUUGGGUUACACAAAGGCGAUUCGACCCUUCCUUAACAAGAGAUUGAGGCCAACUGAUAUCUUACAUGGUGUUAGUUUCGCAUCAGCUGCUUCUGGUUAUGAUGAGCUCACUGCCAAUCUCUCUAGUGUCCUGCCCGUUUCCAAGCAGCUGGAGUAUUUCAGGCAAUAUAAGAUCCGGCUGAGUCAAUUGGUUGGUGCAAGGACAGCAGAAGAUAUUACCAAAGAUGCCGUAGCUGUAAUGAGCAUGGGCACGAACGACUUUCUCCAAAACUACUAUUUAGAACCC